GGGGAGGGGCGGCGGGAGGCUGGGACCAGCCGGGCUGCUCCGCAAGGAGGACCUGGCAGGCGGCUCCAGCGAGCGUCCGGCGCCGCGGCUGGAAGAUGUCCCUGGCCGGGGGGCGCAGCAGAGGUGUUGCCCGUGAGAGCUGUGGGAGAAAAUUUGGGUUGCUCCUCCUUGCCAUGAGCCGAAAGAAUGAUGCUGAGGGUCAUCCCCAAUCAGAUGCAGGAGCAGCGUCCUCUCUUUGUGGAGAAUACGGAGCACGAGUAUCCCACUCCAAAGUCACUCCCAGAUCCAUCCAUGACUGAGGGACCCUCUGCUCCAGUUGAGCCAGACCUGCUGUCCUCCAACCUAACCAACUCUACAGACUGUGGAGAGGAGAUCCUGCUCUAUGGGGACACUGAGAAAAUCGUGAUUGGGACAGUGCUCUCCAUCAUCACCUUACUGACCAUCGCUGGCAACGCCUUGGUCAUCAUCUCGGUGUGCAUUGUCAAGAAGCUGCGGCAGCCCUCCAACUACCUGGUGAUCUCCUUGGCAGCGGCCGACCUCUCCGUCGCCUUCGCGGUCAUGCCCUUCGUGAUCAUUACGGAUCUGGUGGGAGGGGAGUGGCUGUUUGGGAAGGUGUUUUGCAAUGUGUUCAUCGCCAUGGAUGUUAUGUGCUGCACCGCCUCCAUCAUGACCUUGUGUGUCAUCAGCGUGGACAGGUACUUGGGGAUCACACGGCCGCUGACAUACCCCGUGAGACAAAACGGGAAACUAAUGGCCAAGAUGGUGUUCAUAGUUUGGCUUCUUUCUGCCUCCAUAACUCUUCCUCCGCUCUUUGGCUGGGCCAAGAACGUCAACGUUGAAAGGGUCUGCCUCAUCAGCCAGGACUUCGGAUACACCGUCUACUCCACUGGGGUCGCCUUUUACAUCCCCAUGACAGUCAUGCUCAUCAUGUACAGCCGGAUCUACAAAGCCGCCAAGGUCAGUGCAGAGAAACACCGGUUUAUGAACUUCCCCAGACACCAGGAGCAGGAGGGGGUGUACUGCAUGGACGUCAGCGUCCGAGGCCAUCACAGCUCCAAACGCAGCAAGGCAGCGGAGGAGUGUGCCACCUUGUCCAAACUGCUCAGGCAAGAUCGAAAGAACAUUUCCAUCUUCAAAAGGGAGCAGAAAGCAGCCAGGACCCUCGGCAUUAUUGUGGGGGCCUUUACCUUUUGCUGGUUUCCCUUCUUCCUGAUGUCCACGGCUCGGCCUUUCAUUUGUGGCAUCCAGUGCAGCUGCAUGCCUCUGCGGCUAGAGCGGACUCUGCUGUGGCUGGGUUACACCAACUCCCUUAUCAACCCCUUGAUCUAUGCUUUCUUCAACCGUGAUCUAAGGACUACUUUUUGGAACCUUCUGCGGUGCAGGUACAGGAACAUCAACAGGAGGCUGUCGGCAGCCAGCAUGCACGAGGCCUUGAAAGUCACUGAAAGACAUGAGGGCAUCUUGUAAAUCUCCAAGAAGAUCACGUUCCUUAGCCUAAUGCAAGUGCUGCGUGCCUAAUUAAAGAACUUCUGCCCAUCCAUCUAGCCUACUGCAGGGUUCCUUUUUCAGUUGCCUGUCAGGCAUGGCAAAUAUGUGCAUUUUUGUUCCUCCGCCAGAGCUAACCAUCGCCAAAAUUGCAACCCAAGAGGGCCACACCUACAGGAGAAGAGAUCAUAGCCCUUCCUUUUUCAUCUUUGAUAGGGAGAGGCAGCCCAUGGAGACAGCGGUUCACGCCAUGUGUGGUGCAUGAGAAGGCAAGUCAGGAUCUCCUGGGUUCUCUUCCAAGCUCUGCCACUGACUGACUGUGUGACCUUGGGCCAGUCAUUUAUGGCUCCGUGCCUCCAUUUCCCAAUCUGUAAAAACAAGAAUACUACUGACCUUCAUAAAAGGCUUUGAGAUCUGCGGAGGGGGAAAGCACUAUGUGCUAUUCUUGGAUCAUCUCAUAAGCUGCAUUUCCAUAGCAAACAAGAGAGCAGCUACGGACUGUGUUAUAGAUGUCAGUGGAACGCAUUGUAAGCCCUACACUUUGCAUCCCUGCUUAUAAACUGUUGCAACUGACUUGGUUCCAUUGUACACUCUCAAGCCAGUUCUCAGUUUGCAUGGCAGGGAACGAUACCAAUGACCCUCUUUCCGCAAGCCCUUGUGUUACAGUACCUGAAACUGGCAUGCUUAAAAAUAACAAUGCAAAACCUUGUUUAACAGCCUAUUUAUAUCAGAGAAGUGAGGAGCAAGUAAAGACUGCUGUAUUUACUGGGAUAUAUUAUAUCGUUCAUUCACAGCCAACUGGUGUGUUUUCCUAAUUUUGUGGCUAAUUGAUUAAUCAAGGCAGUACAUAAAAGCACGCUUUGGUCAACAAGAGACAAAAAUGUAUUAUUUCACUGACUGCUAUUCAGUGCUGCACUAUAAUGUACAGCAAAUGUGAAAAAUAUCAUACUGAACAAUGUCAUUCUUUUUAAAAGUUUCUUUAGUCCAAUCUAGAUUAUUAUUUUUUUUUACGUAUUAAGACUUUUGGUGCAUUUUUUUCCUCCCUUUGACAUAGUUCUGUUUGGUCCUGAUCCAAACCUACUGAAGCCAAUAGAAAGAACAUCCACUGAUUUCCGUGGGCUUUGGAUCAGGUCUCCUUGUGAAUUUAAAAUUAUUCCUGUCAAGGCUGAAGAAGAGAUUGUACUAACACAUGGGGGAUCAUGGGCUCUUCUUUCACAGGGAUUUCCUUUAAGUGCUAUGAAAAGGCGAGGCUGGAGUGUUACUUUGAGAGAGAAAAUAAUCUCAAAAAUCCCCGUAAAUCAAGAUGAGUUUCCUUUAGGCUCAUUGCCAUCCUAGCCGUUAAGUCAAUGGAAGUAUAGUCAAUGAACCUGAUGGAUCAUUGUAGCAUAUGAUCUGCUCUGAACACGACGGGCAUUCACAACUGGGCUUAGAAGGAUCUUUCAAAAAGUACCCACAAAAUACAAUGAAUGAUAUCCUGGCCUGAUUGAAAUCAGUGGGAGUUUUUCACUGACCCGGAGGGAGCAGAGUG